AUGUCUACCUACUCCUUCUACCAGACCACCAUCCCUCAACUUCGCGGCAUCGCCCAAAGCGCCGUUGACUUCCUUUUAACAGCCAAAGAUGAGCAGUCAAAGAACAGCUCGUUGCCCUCUGGCGCCGACGUACUGAACGCUCAAAUUGGAGACAUGCUUCCCCUCCGCAUGCAACCCAUCCUCGUCGCCAAAUUCCCGCUUGAGGGAAUCAACACUUAUAAGCUUAGCUCGGCCUCGCCUCCUAACAUGGACCCCUCUUCCUUCUCGUCUAUCGACGACGUCAUCAACUUCUUCAAGCAGCUCGUUGCUGUCUUUGACGCUGUUGAUGAGAAGGCAUUCAGCGAGAGUGCCGAGAAGAGCCUCGAAAUCAGUGUUGCGGGCAAGCCAUUGAAGAUGACUAGCUUGGCCGACUUCUACAGCAGCUUCGCUAUCCCAAACAGCUACUUCCACCUUAACGCCAUGUACAUGUUGUUGAGGAGCAAGGGUUUCGCUCUUGGUAAGGGAACUUACGUCAAGGCUUUCUUCAGCGAGCAGGCGAAAAAGGACUGGGCGCCGCUGAUGGGUUAG